GGUGUUUCCACCCUUUCUUUGGGAUCCUCAGGGCUGGAUGGAGCCGGUCCUUCCCGUCUCUCCUUAUACUCCCGCACUGGCGCUGGGUGGAACAAGUCGUCCAAGUAGAAUGAGGAGCGGGUUUUGGCGGCGCUCUAGCCCGCCAAGAGCAUACGCCCUCCCCACGCGGGGCUCCUGAUUGGCUGAAGGUUGUGCUGGCACGCGCAACUUCCGGGACAGAGGCUGUGGCUGGAAGGGGCUGGGCAUCCGGCGUGAGGCGCAGCGGUCGCGUUAGUUCGGCCCAAUGGCGGCACCGUUGCUUCACACGCGUUUGCCGGGAGAUGCGGCCGCUUCGUCCUCUGCAGUCAAGACGCUGGGCGCGUCGAGGACUGGGAUUUCAAAUAUGCGUGCAUUAGAGAAUGAUUUUUUCAGUUCUCCCCCAAGAAAAACUGUUCGGUUUGGUGGAACUGUGACAGAAGUCUUGCUGAAGUACAAAAAGGGUGAAACAAAUGACUUUGAGUUGUUGAAGAACCAGCUGUUAGAUCCAGACAUAAAGGAUGACCAGAUCAUCAACUGGCUGCUAGAAUUCCGUUCUUCUGUCAUGUACUUGACAAAAGAUUUUGAGCAGCUUAUCAGUAUUAUAUUGAGAUUGCCUUGGUUGAAUAGAAGUCAAACAGUAGUGGAAGAGUAUUUGGCUUUUCUUGCUAAUCUUGUAUCAGCACAGACUGUUUUCCUCAGACCGUGUCUCAGCAUGAUUGCUUCCCAUUUUGUGCCUCACUGCUACGAUGGAAGAUUCCAGAUGCAUAUUGGCACCAGGUGUGGUAGAUAUAUGUUCCCCGUAAUGACCCCUAUGGAGGUGUCUAGAUUCAUUUGUUGCUCCCGAGUGAUCAUUAAGGAAGGCGAUGUAGAUGUUUCAGAUUCUGAUGAUGAAGAUGAUAAUCUUCCUGCAAAUUUUGACACAUGUCACAGAGCCUUGCAAAUAAUAGCAAGAUAUGUACCAUCGACACCGUGGUUUCUUAUGCCAAUACUGGUGGAAAAAUUUCCAUUUGUUCGAAAAUCAGAGAGAACACUGGAAUGUUACGUUCAUAACUUACUGAGGAUUAGUGUAUAUUUUCCAACCUUGAGGCAUGAAAUUCUGGAGCUUAUUAUUGAAAAGCUACUCAAGUUGGAUGUGAAUGCAUCCCGGCAGGAUAUUGAAGAUGCUGAAGAAACAGCAACUCAAACUUGUGGUGGGACAGAUUCCACGGAAGGAUUGUUUAAUAUGGAUGAAGAUGAAGAAACUGAACAUGAAACAAAGGCUGGUCCUGAACGGCUUGACCAGAUGGUGCAUCCUGUAGCCGAGUGCCUGGACAUCCUGAUGUCUUUGGUUUUGUCCUACAUGAAGGAUGUCUGCUAUGUAGAUGGUCAGGUUGAUAACGGCAAAACAAAGGAUCUAUAUCGCGACCUGAUAAACAUCUUUGACAAACUCCUGUUGUCCACCCAUGCCUCCUGCCACGUACAGUUUUUCAUGUUUUACCUCUGUAGUUUCAAAUUGGGAUUCGCAGAGGCAUUUUUGGAACAUCUCUGGAAGAAAUUGCAGGAUCCAAGUAAUCCUGCCAUCAUCAGGCAGGCUGCUGGAAAUUAUAUUGGAAGCUUUUUGGCAAGAGCUAAAUUUAUUCCUCUUAUUACUGUAAGAUCAUGCCUAGAUCUUUUGGUUAACUGGCUGCACAUAUACCUUAAUAACCAGGAUUCGGGAACAAAGGCAUUCUGUGAUGUUGCUCUCCAUGGACCAUUUUACUCAGCCUGCCAAGCUGUGUUCUACACCUUUGUUUUUAGACACAAGCAGCUUUUGAGCGGAAACCUGAAAGAAGGUUUGCGGUAUCUUCAGAGUCUGAAUUUUGAGCGGAUAGUGAUGAGCCAGCUAAAUCCCCUGAAGAUUUGCCUGCCCUCAGUGGUUAACUUUUUUGCUGCAAUCACAAAUAAGUACCAGCUCGUCUUCUGCUACACCAUCAUUGAGAGGAACAAUCGCCAGAUGCUGCCAGUCAUUAGGAGUACCGCUGGAGGAGACUCGGUGCAGACCUGCACAAACCCGCUGGACACCUUCUUCCCCUUUGAUCCCUGUGUGCUGAAGAGGUCAAAGAAAUUCAUUGAUCCUAUUUAUCAGGUAUGGGAAGACAUGAGUGCUGAAGAGCUACAGGAGUUCAAGAAACCCAUGAGAAAGGAGAUAGUGGAAGAUGAAGAUGAUGACUUUCUGAAAGGCGAAGUGCCCCAGAAUGAUACCGUGAUUGGGAUCACACCGAGCUCCUUUGACGCGCAUUUCCGAAGUCCUUCGAGUAGUGUGGGCUCCCCACCCGUGUUGUACAUGCAACCCAGUCCCCUCUGACGGCAGAGAUUUGUGACUGAGUGUGACAUUUGGGAUUCCUCAUCACUCGUCAUACCCUCAGUACCCAGCUCGUGCCAUUGGGCAUUGAUGGCAUUGAGCUGGAGUGAGUGCCUGCGGCUGUGGCACUUCCAGGUUCGACUGAAUCAAGCAUCUGAAGACUGGGUUUUUUUGUUGUUGUUGUUCCCCUUACAGACAAAAUGAAGACUAUCAUGUGCAAUCUUUUACAGUGGGGUUGAUGAUAUAUUUGGAAGGAUUUGCUUGUUUAAUAUGUACAUUUUUUGUGUUAACAGCUUUUUGACACAAUUACUGGGUAAUUUCUAACAUAGGCAGCAGACUGUUUCACGGGUUGCUGUUUUAACAUGGGUUUUUGUCAGAUCCAUGGUCAUAGGACUUUGCUGAUCAGCUUUCAGUGAAGAAUCCUCUAAGUUAAAACUUCUAUUUAAAGACUUUAACUAUUUAAAGAAAGUGUUUAUUUUGGCUACAUUGUUCACCUUCUGCUGUAUUGGUAUUUGUCUGUUGGGAUUUCAAGGGAGUGUAGAGAAGAUAGAAAGAAAGCCAAGAGCUGGCCCGACGUGGUCUGGGACGCAGAGUUGGAGCUGGCACUGAAGAUCUCCAGGGACUUCAGAGACCAAUAAAAGCCCAUAGGGAAGAGAGAGGGGAUAUAGAGAAACAGGAUCAGAUGUGUAAUAUACUUGGCACAGCGAAAAAAUGGAUUUAAAAGACAGAAAUGGAGGUCCAGGUAGAUGUAAUUCACACGGACUGAAAGUGAGCCUGGGCUUGUGUGAAACACAUGAGAUUGGAUUUGACCCCUUGGCUCUCAAGUGUCCCCUUAGAUCUAGAACUGCUCCAUGGUGGCCAUCAGAUCAAGUCAGUUUUGAUCUGCAUCAGUUAGUUAUUGAGAAUUUCUUUGUUCAAACAGGAAAAUUUUUUUAGAUUAUUUGGUGUUACAGUUUUGCUCACAACAAUAGGUGGAAGUUUCUAGUGCAGUCUUGGUCUGUUGGCUGUGCGUAUCGUACAUUCGGCUUGGUGAAAUCCUUCUCUAAAGCCUCUUUGUAUUUUUAUAACUAAACAGAGGAAGUCUUCAGAAGACCUCGCUUUAUAACAAAUUUGUGCAAACACUGCUAGAGUCAUUUUGAAGCUCAAGCAUUUUCACUUUGUUUCUUACAUGUGUACUUUUUUGUUUACUUGUGAAAAUGGCCAUCUUUAAGCAUAUUUAUUUUCUGGCACUUCUAUUUAUUUAAAGGCAAGCAAUAUUUUGUUGAUCAUAAAUAUUUUGUAAUGAAAUACGUCCUCUUUCCCAGGGCUUUGUAUGCGCUUGUAUAAUUACAUUGAUGGCAAUGUAGAGUUUGAAUUUCAGUGUGUAAAUACUUUUUUGGAAAAUAGAAAUUUUUAUUGCUUUAAAGUUUUGGAUAUGGGUGGUUUUCUUUUGGGGGCUUGGUGGAAAGUCAUUUGAGAACUUUAAGGUUCUCUUUUUAACUGCUGGCAAAAUGUUGAUUUUUUUAUAUUAGAUAAAAUGAGUAAAUGAAAUUCCCCAGAAAUUAAUAGUAAGUGGGGUCUUUGUGGGUUGGGAAGUAGUUUUAACGUAGAAAGAUAUUUACAGAUAAGUCUGUUUAAUUUCAAAGAGUUUGUGAAAAAAAAUCCAUGGUGAAAAUAAAACAAUGACAUGGUUAAUCUGGAACUUUCAUUCUUAUACCAAUAAAAGGUACCUCAAUAACA